CGAUGCAGCGUCGUGGCAAACGGUUCAGAUUUGUUACCCUUGACAGUCAAAAAAGGAAUGUUUAGGAAAGGCGACGUUGUUUUUAUUUACAAGCAGCGGCUUGAAUCGGAAGCAUUAAGAUUUUUCGCCGACGGGGGAGAAGAGCUGAGGAAAAAAUGCAACUACUUUGUGUUCCAUAGGAUUGAAAGCAGAUCUGACUGGGAACCAAACAUCAUCCAUAUUCCAGACUUAGCAUCACAAGCAUGUCAAGAGGUGAGCUUUAUGAGCAAUCUUCUCCUAGCUCAAGGUGUGAAAGCACCCAGUUGUCUCCAAACUUCGUUACGACAUGUCCACUGUUUAAUCGUAAUUUUUUGCGUGGAUCACACUCCUCUGUUACCCCAUGUUCGAGAUCCAGCAGGUUGUCCAGUGGAUACUAUUCUCUUGACACAGACAGUGGACAGAUGACUAAACCCACAAGCUGCGACAAGUCUACACAGACUCCAAGCCCAACCUGCCAAGCCAUCUACCAUACACAGCACGCCUUGGCACAAGCACAGCUUUUACAGAAUCGUGGCACAGAAGGGAUACACCAAUCUGGAAUACAGGAAGACUCUUCAUCAGUGCCUAUGGAUGUUCAACCCGAGGUAUGGAUCGGACGAGAACUGCGAAGGAUUGGCGAUGAAUUCAAUUCUCAGUAUCAAACACGAAGGGCAAGGGAUCUCAGACCACCAAAUAACCAGAAUGGAAAUUUUUUUUGGAACUUGUUGAACAUACUGUGCAGGAGAAGGAUCAACGGUGUGUGAUCAACUCACUCUUCAGUUUUACUACUGAAAGGAAACCCAGCAAAAAAAAAGUAGCUAUGCCAUUUUAAACCAGACUAGAUGGCUGAAGGUUUCAGCAGUUUUAGUCCUUGCUUUUACUUCAGACAGAAAUCAGCUUUUCUUGUACUUGUCUGUGUGUAUAUUUUGGCAUAUUAAAGUAUGAUGGAAUGGACAUCAACUCAGAGGCUGAACCGUCGCUAGAGCCCAUCGCUUUGUUGAAGUUCCCUGGGAGAUGGCAAUAGGUGUGGGUCUCCCGUCAGGUAAAAACCAGCCGGACAGUUCAGCAGUGGAUUAAUUUUGAACCCUUUCAUUGUGCUCCACAAGCGUUUCCUGCAAUUAUUGGAACCUGAGCCAGAAAAUAUCAAGAGCUGUCUUACAUUUCCCCCAACACACAAUCAAAUACAAUCUGAAUUGUUUUCAUAACAGACCCUUUUAUUAUAUAACAGAAAUGAUGAUGUUCAACCCCUGCAGCCCUGAGAAGUGUACAUGUGUAAGUUAUUUUGAACUGUGUAUUUAUUAGAUGUAGAGCAACUUGUGUUGUUUUUAAGUUUGUUUUCUCCUCUCUUCUCCUUUUGCUCUGUAAAUCAUUGCCAAACUGAAGCAUAACACACCUUGCAACGUUUUUUGUUCCCGUGCUGUUAAUUUCUGCUUUAAGUUAUCUAAUUUCACUUCACUUCUUGCAGUGUUAUUACACUGAAAAGGACCCAGUAUAUAUGUAGCAAAUGUUAAGUAAUUCCCCACCCCUUGUCACAUCCCAUCUGUACCUCCCCACUCCUCCCGACCCUGGUUUUCUUUUUCCUCCAUUUUAAUUUGAUUUUACUUCUUUGCACUGAUGUCUGAAGGGGAAUUGACAAUUUUUUAAAUUGUGCAAUACUGCUGUACAUAGCUACAGGGCUUUAUGUACAAAAAUAUUUUGUUUUGAAACUUGUGUAAUUUUGAAGUACAGAUCUUUUCUUACAAUAAAUGUGCUUAAAAAUCAAACCAAA